AUGCGUAAACCAAGUUUCCUUGGGUUUACGCUGAUAUUGGUGUUAAGUGUGAUAUUGAGGCUCGCCGUGGUUGAUGGUUCGUUAUUUGAUGACGUUAUCGACAAAGGGGCUUCCACGAAGAAGCGAGAAUUGACCUACACGAAUUUUUCCGCUGGGCCAAGCCUUGCCAGUCAAGCCGACGACUACGAUGAUGAGUUCUAUGCAUACCUGGAGGAGCAAAGCUUGAACACACCCAGGGAAACUAGUUCAGGGGAUGAAGCUCGAGACAAGAACCAAAUUAUCAUCAAUCUGAAAAACGCUCCGGAAUCGUACUUGGUCAGUCAGAGCGAUGAUAAGAAAGCUAGUCAUCACAAAUUGACCGAAUACUCGAUGCCGGCACCCCAAAAUGAGGAAGAGUUGAACAAGUUUGUGAGAGAGUCCUAUGGCUCACAAUUGUCUCCCAUUCAAGUGCCGACCUCGUACACUCAAUUCCAAGGCCCUAUUGCCGUUCAUUUCAACACCUAUAACGAUGAACUAGAAUCAGAAGACGAAUCGUUAUUUGCUCCCCCGUCUGUUUACGGAAAUAACCAAAAUUCCCCCCAACAAGAUGCAAAUCGGCGACCUAAAUAUAAUGAUCGACAACCACGGGACGGCAGCCAAAGUGGCUCGUUAUUUUCUCCGGCACAGUUUGAUUCAGUGGGACCCCCAGCUGCCCCACCCAGCAAUGCUUUUAAUAUUGGUCCCCCUGCUCCCCCUGUUCCAGUUCGACCCCCUUUACCCGUGGCUCCUGUUCGUCCGCCUGCUCCUCCUCCGUCUCCUCCACCCACUACUCCCCCAAACCCGACGAGACCCCCAGCACCCGUUGGACCUUCGCCAGGGGAGAAGCCAACAAAAAGGAGAAAGAAGGGCAAAAAUGCUUCACAUCCUUCAAUUUACACUCACGUGAACUUGCACAUCAAUAACGAAAUUGCCCCAGAAUAUGGUGGCUAUGAAGAACCAGAAGAGGAAACCCAACAAGAUUUUCCUGUCUAUGAUCAAGUUGAAGUUAGCAAUGAUCCUAUUCCAGUUUAUCAACCUCCCAGUCAAGAACCUCCUCAAUUGAACAACCCAGUUAAUGACUUGCCGCAAUAUCAGACACCCUUCCAAGCCGACUUUUCAGAUGCCCAGGCUCAGCCUUCCUCUGGAUAUCAAGCACCAAGUUUUGAUUCAGCUGCAUUUAAUCCGUCAACGGGAUAUUCACCCCCUGUUCAAGCAAAUCCCCAAAAUAACUAUCAAGCGCCCUUUCAAUCACCAAUCCAAUCUAACCCUUCAAUUGGUUAUCAAGCUACUGCUCAAGCUAAUCCUUCAACUGGUUACCAGUCUCCUGCUCAAGCUAAUCCUUCAACUGAUUACCAAGCUCCUGCUCAAGCUAAUCCUUCAACUGAUUACCAAGCUCCUGCUCAAGCUAAUCCUUCAACUGGUUACCAAGCUCCUGCUCAAGCCAAUCCUACAACUGGUUACCAAGCUCCUGCUCAAGCCAAUCCUUCAACUGGUUAUCAAGCUCCAGCGCAAUCGCCCAUUCAAGCAAACCCCACUUCAAGUUACGCAGCCACAAUUCAGUUUGAUUCAAGUGCAUUUUACCAAGCACCAUCUUUAAACAAUCCGGUACAAGGUUUACAAAGUUUUACUCAAAAUAACCCUAAUCAAGGGCACCAAUCACAACCUCAGUCCAAUCCCACUCCUGUCUACCGAGCACCUCAAUCAAAUCCAGCCCCAAGUUACCAGGCACCUCAAGCCAAUCCCACCCCAGUCUACCAAGCACCUCAAAACGAUCCCAUCCCAGUCUACCAAUCGCCUCAAUCAAAUCCAACCCCAAGUUACCAAGCACCUCAAUCAAAUCCAACCCCAAGUUACCAAGCACCUCAAUCAAAUCCAAACCCAAGCUACCAAGCACCUCAAAACGAUCCCAUCCCAGUCUACCAAUCGCCUCAAUCAAAUCCAACCCCAAGUUACCAAGCACCUCAAAACGAUCCCACCCCAAGUUACCAAGCACCUCAAUCAAAUCCAAAUCCAAGCUACCAAGCACCUCAAAAUGAUCCCACCCCAAGUUACCAAGCACCUCAAAGCGAUCCCAUCCCAGCCUACCAAGCACCUCAAUCAAAUCCAACCCUAAGUUACCAAGCACCACAAAACGAUCCCACCCUAGUCCACCAAGCACCUCAAAAUGAGCCCAUCCCAGUCUACCAAACACCUCAAAACGAUCCCGCCCCAGUCUACCAACCACAACCUCAGUCGAACCCAACUCCCAGUUAUCAACCACUUUCCCAAGCUAACCCAACCUCUACUUAUGAGGCCCCGGUACCAAUUCAAGCAAACCCAACCGCCAACUAUGGUGCCCCACCACAAUCAAACCCAUCUCGUCCCUCGUACAACGCCCCAACCAAUGAUGCCCCCCAAAACUCUCCACGUUUAAUUCAGAGCAACCCAAAUUUCGUUCUGGCCUCCCCGGUUCUCUUCAACGCUAACAGCUUCCAAAACCCUGGAGUUUCUUACAGUUUUGCACCAAGCGAUGCUCAACAAGAUCCUAAUGCAGUUCAUUAUCACGUUCACGUAGCCGAUGCUCAAGGGCUUCAGGAUGUUCAGCAAUUAUUUGAUGACACUGGUUCAUAUGAUGCUCCAAGAGACCCACCUCUGGCUAAUCCAUUGAGAACCCGUCGGCCAAAAGGACAUAAAUAUCGGUCAAGAAGAAAUCGCGGACAAAGACAAAGUGAUCCCCGCCUCAGAAGCCCAAUACAGCGUAAUGGAUCUGGAGUGAGCGAGAUCCUCAAACUAAAGUGUUUACUCUGGUGUGGUUUCAAACAGUACGAGUUUUAGGGCGAACAAAAUUGUGCCCUUUAUUUUUGCAUUUUUGGUUGAAUAAGUGUCUCGCUAAUAUUUUUCAUGGAUUACACUUUAUUGUAAUAUUUAUUUUGUACCUGCAUUGUGGGAUAUAUUUUAAGCAAAUUUGUGUGUUUUUGGUUCUUACUGGAAGAAUAUUUAGUUGAUUCUUUAUCUGUUUUAGAAGUUUGAACCUUCAAUUCCGUCCCAAAACCAAACUUUCUCAGCAGUUCUAGCUAUCAACCAAACAA